UUACCGGGAUCCAGUAGAAUUUUCAUCCGGGUUAUGUGGAAGACAAUAUGUUGACGCGAAAACUGAAAACAUGUCUCACAAUUGGCGUAAUUACACAAAAAAAAUAAAACUUUCGGACUCAAAAAAUACCAAUACAAUCGACACAUUUUUUAAAAAUGAAUCGCCAUCGAAUGCCGUUGAAACUCAUUCGGAGGUAAGCGAUAUUGGACAUGAAAGUGAAAGUAAAAAAUCGGCAGGUGAUGCACCUUCUUCUAACACUGUAGCAGAUAAUGAAACUGAAAUCACACAUUUAACAUCGUCCCCCGGCCCCAGUUCAGAAUUUCCCAUAAUUAAAUUUACCCAUGCAGCUUUAUUUUCAGACGAAACGCAACCAAAACGGGAUAGUCGUUUAUUCAAUUCUCAUGUUUACGAAUCCAGAUACCCAUGGCUAUACCACAGCCAAACUAAACAUGGGUUUAUGUGCAAAUAUUGUGAGCUGUUUGGAUCAAAUAGUGACCAAAACACUUCUUAUGUCACAACUGGUGCUGUGUUAGGGGACAAUCCCUCUAGGAGACUAGAAACACACAAUAAUAGUGAUAGACACUUGGCUUCAGUUGAAAAAUACUCAAACUUUCAAAGCCAACGCAGUGUUGUUAAAUUGCUCGCAACUGCAGCUGUAAAGCAGCAAACAGAUGCCAUAUCUCGAAAUAGAAGUUAUGUUAAGAAACUUUUCAAAACAGUUUUCUUUAUGGCCAAAAAGAAAUGGGCCCAAAUGAACAUGGCAGACUUGGUAAGAUUCAUGGGGGAUGUUUGUGACCCAGAAAUAAAAGACAUUGCUUCGGAGUCUGUCAAUUAUCUGUCCAGUACAUCAGUCACCGAGUUAAUAAACACACUAAGUGAAUUUAUGGAGAGAAAGGUUUUGGAAGAACUAAGGAAGGAAACGUUUACACUGUUGGCUGAUGAAAGUACUGAUUCCUGCAACAGAACCCAAUUUUCAUUGUUUGUCAGGUGGGUCAGUGCAAAGGGCCCCGUGGAGCACUACUUAGGCCUUAUAAACAUGGAUAAAGUAACCAGUUUAGCUCUUUUGACAGCUAAUGAAACAUUCUUCAGAGGUAAACAUCUACAGUUAGAGAAAGUAAGAUUCGUUGGACUGGAUGGUUGUAACACCAUGAACGGUGAAAAUAAAGGUCUACAAAGAAGAAUUCGACAUGAGAGUCCCCUUUCCAUUUAUGUGAAUUGCCGUAACCAUCGCAUAGCUUUGUGCUUCGUACAUCUGCUUAAGGAAAGUGAUCUUUUGAAGGAAGUUGAUGGUUUACUGAUUUCCAUAUGGAAACUGUUUCAAUAUUCUCCAAAGAAAGCAGCUGUCUUCCAGCAUAUGCAGGAGGUUUAUGGAGAAAGGCCAAUCAAGAUUGUCAGAGCUGCAACAACAAGGUGGUUGUCACAUCUUCGGGCAUGUGUUAGGUUCAUUAGUAGAUAUGAACAGCUGUUGGACACAUUUGACGCUCUCAUAGAAGACUCCAGAGAACCCGAAGUUCAGGGGAUCAGACAUUCAGCCACAAAUAGAGGCGUCAUUGCCAUGAUUCUUGUACUUGCUGAUGUGUUAAAGCCUGUGAACUAUCUGUCCCUUUACCUACAGCAAGACUGUGGCACAUUCACGGAGUUACCAGCUAGAGUAAAGAAGUGCACAGAUGAUCUGCAUGACAUAGUUCAUAACUACCAGAACAUGACUCUGAUGGGACUAGAAUUCGGUAAGUGUGAGGAGAUGUUUGACAUCAUUACAGAUAGGACUACUCUAGCUAGACGUGUGAGGGCUGGGGUCCAGAUGGAAGCAAUCAACCCAGAAGGAUUUUUGAGACUGUAUGGUGUGCCUUUGGUACUAGCUCUAGUAAAUGAGGUAGAGGAUGCCUUCAGCAACCACUCAGCCGUGCUAUCUGCCUUUAGUUUCCUGGAUCCAAGUCACCUGCCAGAAGAGGCAAAGGAUGUACAUGAUUAUGGAAAGAAGGAAAGGCUGUGACACACUGGGGAAGGUGUAUAUGCAUAUUGCCCAAGAUGACAUCAUGCAGGAAUCGUAUCCAACUGUACUCCAGCUUUACAAACUUGCCCUGUUGGUGCCACAAUCAACAGCAGUUGUAGAGAGAGGAUUCAGUGCCAUGAACGACAUGUGUACGGACUUAAGGUCACUAGGCCAGCAGACCCUGGAUUCACUUAUGAGAAUCAACCUCUACCAGGAGGAGCUGUUAGAAGAGGACUUGGAAUUAGUUGUUGAUCUGUUUAAGAACAAAAAGGAAAGAGAUAUGCCUCUGUAGGCUAGAUGUAGACUAAAGAAACGUUGCAAAAAAUGUGCUUGCUGACUGAUUGAUGUAUAUAAGACAUUGAAAUAAACAAUUUUUAUUUUUUCCCCAAAUAUGUCUCUUUCGUACUCUUUUUUCCCCUCUCAACCAGCGUCCAGCGUCUUCCCCUUUUUCUAAAAAAAA